AGCGUGACGGACCUGUACAUUAACUACCUGGCGUUAAGACGUCCGGUAAAUUUCUAAUGUUUUUUCGAAAUAAGAAUUCGCGCCUAAAUGAGUACUAAAGGGCAGCACAAUUGCGUUCUGUGUGAUUCAAAAUUAGAAUCCAAGGAAGCCUUGCAGGCACAUUUUAGGAAACAUGCCAACAAAGAAAUAGAUACUCGUGGCAGACCUGUGAAAACUAAUAAAAAUGCUGAUACUCAAUGUGAUAUGUGUGAACAAGCGUUUGAUUCAAUUACUGCAACAAUACGACAUAGAUUUAAGGUCCACCCUAACUCACCAACAAAAUUCUACUGUCAUUACUGUGGGAUGCAAUUUCCUUUAAAAACUCACAGGGAUAAUCAUCAAGCUUCACAUGAUUCAUCUGAGAGUGAAAAGAAAGAGCAACACAAGAAAUGUGAAGAUUGUGAUGUAUUGUUUUAUAAUGAAAAAGCUUUAAAUUACCAUUAUCGUUCGAUACAUAAAAGGAUGGUACAUUUGUUUCAACCAACUGCAACACCACCACCUAGUAAUAAAAUCAAAGUGAAUUCAAUGAACGAUGCUCUCAGUGUAUAUUACUGCCAUUUGUGUGGAGCUGAAUAUAUUAUAAAAUUUAAUUUACAACAGCACUUGGAACGAGCUCAUACUCAAGAAGAAAGAGAAGCUGUUCCAGAAGAUUUAAUAAAGUGUACAGUGUGUGCUGCUUUAUUUUGUAGUAAAAAAGCAUAUGAAGUGCACAACACUUAUCACCAACCUGAUGAUUUGUAUGUAACAUCAGAAGAACAAAGAUUGCAAACUGUAACUAAAGUAGACCAAGAUUUUGAUAUUAGACGCGUUGAAGGAGUUGCUGAUAAAUAUGUUCCAAAAAUCAAUACACCAAAAAGGCCUGCUAAAAAUUGGCCAAAGUCUAAAAGAACACAGACAGUAGAAGUACAAAAAAAAGAAUAUUCUUCUUCAGAUGAUGAACCUGAUGCUAUCAAUGAAUCCAGUGAUUCUGAAAGUGAUCUUCCAUUAAAGCAAAGGAUUUGCAGCUAA